UUUAGAUUUCUAAGAAGUUUAACCUUUUUUAGUUUUCUAAUUAGUAUUUAAGGCAUCUUAUUAAGAUUAAACCCGGAACGCUAAGCAUAAUUUUAAUCCUUAAACCGUAAAGAAGCCGCUAGAAGUACUAGAAAUAAGUCAAGCUUAAGGUUUGGCGGACGAGGUGGUCGGAUUCGCAUCGGAACACCCAACCACAGCCGGCAACACGAAUCCCUCAGGCAACGGCGUGUACCACCACCACCUUUCCCAUUAUCCCGUGGGCCGGAAGAGUGCACCAGCGGCGAUAGUGACGACGGCAGCGGCGGGUUCGGGUCGAAAGAAAAUGCACCCAUCGAAGAAGAUGAUCGCAGCGGAAUUGGACGAUCACGAGAAGGGCAAACUGUUCGUAGGUGGACUGUCGUGGGAGACGACGCACGAGAACCUGCAGCGCUACUUUAGCCGCUACGGCGAGGUGAUCGACUGCGUGGUGAUGAAGAACAACGAGACGGGCCGGUCGCGCGGAUUUGGCUUCGUGACGUUCGCCGAUCCGGAGAACGUGGACCGGGCGCUCGAGAACGGGCCGCACACGCUCGACGGGCGCACGAUCGAUCCGAAGCCGUGCAAUCCGCGCUCGCAGCACAAACCGAAGCGCACCGGUGGCUACCCGAAGGUGUUCCUUGGUGGGCUGCCGCCCAACAUCACCGAGACGGAUCUGCGUACUUUCUUCUGUCGCUACGGCAGCGUCAUGGAGGUGGUGAUCAUGUACGAUCAGGAGAAGAAAAAGUCGCGCGGGUUCGGGUUUCUGUCGUUCGAGAACGAGGUCGCGGUCGAGCGCGCGACCAGUGACCAUUUCGUGCACAUCAGCGGCAAGCAGGUGGAGGUGAAGAAGGCUGAACCGCGCGAUGGUAACCAGAACAGCAACAACAGCAUGAACACGGACUCGUACCAGUGGGGCUCACCGCAGGCGCCGCCGAUGGGCAACGGUCAGAUGGGCGGUCCCCCGAUUAACAUGCAGUCGAACAUGAUGCAGGGCUACCAGAGCUGGGGCGCUUCGCAGCCGCAGCAGGGCUACGGUGGAUACGGAGCCGGUGCGGCCGGGGCUGCCAAUGCGUACCAGAGCUGGGGAGCUCCUCCGCCGCCGCAACAGUGGGGCAACUACAACGCGACCCCGCAGCAGACCCAAGGCUAUGGGGGAUACGACAUGUACAACAACUCGGGCGCCUCCGGGGCCGGCGGCUACGGAUCGGGCAACUGGAACUCGUGGAACAUGCCACCCAACACGGCUGGUUCGGCGGCCGGUUCGACGGCGGACAUGUACUCGCGCCCGCAGUCGGGUCCGACGGCCGGUCCGGGCGCUUCGGCUGGUCCCACCAGCGGUGGUCCAUCGAAACCGGGCUCGGAGUACGGCGGUGGUUCGGCGGCCUACGGUGGUGGAGCGGCAGCAGCGGCGGCUGCGGCUGCGGCCGCCACCGGCUACAAUUACUAUCAAAACGAUCAGAACACGUACAACAAUCGGCCCCGCUCGGUGUACGGUGCCGGUAGCGAUGCGACCUCGCAACCUCCGUACCAGGCCUUCUAGGUGACGAGUGGCGGCGGCAGUGGCGGCGGCGGUGCAUUGGCGACCAUCAUGGCCAGUGCUGCGCUAACACCACCAGCAGCAGCAGCAGCAUCCGCAGCACAACCGCCGCAGUCUAUCGUUUCUGGCGCCAUGGGGAAUUUCGUCGU